UAAGGUAUGGGUUUAAAGUGCAUCUUGUGUUAAGGAAAAUUAUUAUUUAUACAUUUGGAUACUAAUCUACAAAUGACAUGUUUUAAAAGACGUUACAUAACUUUUGCUCAGCCACAAAGUAAAGCAAAGUUGGCAGUUCAUUCAUGGACUGCCCGCGUGCUAGAAAAUACUUGUCUGUUCAAUGUUUGCUCUACAAUUUUGAUUGGGCAAACUAAAUUCACCGUGUUUCUGCACUUUAUACUUGUAAUUUGAUAUUUAUACAAGAAAAAACGAUUAAUAAAUAAGUAUGCGUGGAAGUUACUGUUGUAAUUUAUGCGGUGACAUGGCUCCAACUAAACUCGCGAUUGAAGCCCAUCUUACCAAGCAUUGGAGGAAUGUGGGUGACCACAGACCUAAUGUACAGAAACAAUGUGGAAAAUCUGACCGCUCGAAGGUUCAAACUAAACAUUCAAGGAAAGCCAAGGUCACUCGAAAAGAUACAAUUUGCCGAAAAAGUAAGGGUAGUAAGCCUAAAAAGAGUGGCGAGGCUAAGGCCGCAGAGAAGAAGAAUGCCGUCGCCAAUGACGAAACUGUUGAAACCCUCAAGCCGAAGACCGCUGAACGAACCACGCAUGGAACGAGGGUCUUAAGCGAGGAAAUUGGCGAUAAUCAAACGAAUAAUGAAGAGGACGACAAGGAUAAUCGACCGGACUCACCGGUUUAUCUGUUUCCCAGUGCGAAGCGUGCAAAAUCAGCAUCGUCCAGCAAAGAGGAGCAAGUCAAAAAACCCCACAUUUAAAACCAAAUGCAUCUUUCCAACCAGUGGGAGUACACGGGAUACGGAUAUUUAUCCCGUUCUUUCCAAUGUGACCAAUGUUGGACAUCCUUCUACACGGCGAACGGUCUUGCCCUGCACGUCAGUAUUACUCACACAGUAAACAAUGAGGAAGUCCUCUUCGAAGAAUCUCGACCAUCACCAAUACCUUUGACCAAUGAUAUGGAAACAGAAGUAAUAAAUAGUACCAGUGACCACGUGACCAGAACCCCUAGCCCGGUGGAGAAUAAGGCAUCAAUUCCUCGCAUCCUGAUUCACUGCUCCGCCUGCAUUGAAGAGUUCGCUUUUUCUAACGAACUGACCAAGCACGAGGCCACGCACGGUAUCGGAUUUGCAUGUCUCGGAUGUGGGGGCUCUUUUAAAUUCAAGACCAAUUUGGACAAGCAUUUUGAAAAGGCACACCCCGAGCUUUCAAUGGGAAAGUGUGCAUGGGUCAAAUUUGACCAUUGCGCUAUUUGGAAGCCAUCGUCACCCGAAAUCAAGGAGCACAUGCGCCAAUCUCAUCCAGAGACGGUACGUGUGAAAGAAGAGAAAAGUAUUUGGCCUGUUUUCGAUGUGGAAUGAUUUUCGUAGCCAUGUAAAAUGAGCUCGUUGGAGUCUUAGACCCCAAUACGCAAUUUAUGGACGACCAUUGAGUAUGACGUGUAAAAUUUGAAAUAUAAAUGAACUCCUUUUCCAAAGAAAAA